AUGUUCUCAUACACAUCGCGCUCCUUAGCUGGAGUGGGCAAGCGCCUCAUGGCGCCUGUGCCAUUCCGGUCUCUAUCAUCCCAAACCCAGCCAACUCCGCCGGAGCAAACACCGGUUCGAGAUCCAACCUCGACACCUAUACCGAUUGCUCCCACAGAAGCUCCCGCCGUGGCCCCUUCUUCCGUCGAUACUCCUGUUACCUCCGCUUCUGCAUCGACCGUUCCUGUGGUGCCGACGGAAGCUGAGCAGUCAUCUGAACCUGCUGUGAAAGAAUGGUCCGAACGGUUAGGAGCAUUCGGUGAGGAGAGCCGACUGCCGCGCAGUGUGCAAGCCAUAUAUCUACGACCCUUGCGGAGGAAGGCGGAGUACGGCCUCCCAGUUUGCGAUCUUCAAUUGCGAUCCUACAGCGUCCGUAACGUAGAGUUCUUCACGGACUUCGCCAUCCGUGCCGCUUACUACCUCAAUCUCCCCGUGUCCGGCCCUGUACCUCUCCCUCGCAUUGUCGAACGGUGGACCGUCCCCCGAAGCAACUUCGUGCACAAGAAGAGCCAGGAGAACUUCGAGCGAAUCACGCUUCGUCGAUUGGUUCAAAUUAAGGAUGGAAACCCACAAGCGGUGCAGGCCUGGCUGGCGUUCCUCCGGAAGCAUGCCUUUUACGGAGUCGGCAUGAAGGCAAACGUCUGGGAACAUGAUAGUCUUGGUACGAUUACAAUUCUUACCUGGAUAGCGUAUUCAAUGGUCAAGACACUAAUCUUUGAUUCUACAACAGAUGCUGGCAAGGCUAUGGAUGCGUCCGUCGCCGAGGUUGAAGAAAUUCUUCGCCCCGAGCUUGAGCAAUUUGGUCAGCGGAAAGACAACUCAGCACCCGGCACGAUAUUCGAUACUUUGAACAAUGAGCGUUUCACAGAGCGCAAGAGUCUCUAG